AUGGCCACACUCUUUUUUUCCCACUCAAUUCUUCCACCACUUUCUUCACCCUUAUCAAAACAAUUCAUCUGUCGCUGUAUAUGGUUGUUUGAAGGUGAAGACACGCUCAAUCUUAUCUCAUUUGGGUUCAUACAGUUGGAAAUUUGUGGUGUUAUUAUCAUCAAGAUCACUGGAAUCUCUAUAAAAGGAAAUGAAGAAGAGAGGAUUCAGUAUGAUAAAGAAGCAGCUUUAGAGAGGACUGUGAAAAACCUCCAUGAAAAGAUAGCUUCUCUCUUAUGUGAGUGCAAUUCCAAAGAUGCCCUCAUAUCCGAACAUGCAAAAACUGCACAAGAAGCCAUUACAGAGCGGGAGAAGGCUGUUGAAGAAUUGGCUCUACAAAAUCAAGAACUGGAAUCCACAAUUAAGCAAAAAUUAGAGGCUAACGAGAGAUUAGUCCACUUAAAUUCUGCAUUAAAAGAUUAUCGCCAACAACUAACUUCUUUAAAAGAAGAGCAAGAUCAAAAAAUGGCAAAUGAAUCCAUGGAAGAGCUCAAAAGGGCAAAUAAAAGAUUAGAAGACAAAGUCAACGAGUCAAACAAAGAUCUCGCAGAUCUAACGGUCCAAAACGCUCGACUUUCCAACACGCUCAUGAUCAAAGAUGAAUUAAUCGAAGACAUAAGCCAUCAAAUGUCACAAGCCACAAUCGAAUUCAACGACCUAAUCACACGCCUUGAUUCAAUCGAAAAAGAAAAUGGGAUUUUGAAAUAUGAAUAUCGGGUUUUAGAAAGAGAGCUCGAGGUACAAACCCGGUGUGCUGACGUGGCGUCCGGGCAGCAGAGAGAAAGCAUGAAACGGGCAGCGAAGUUGGAAUCGGAAUGUCAGAAGCUUCGAUUGUUGGUGAAAAAGCAGAUCACCGGGUCGGGUCUUGAAGGUUUGGAUAAACGAAUGGGGUUUUUGAUAAAUCGGUUAUACGAAGUGGAAGAAGAAAACAAGAUUUUAAAAGAAAUAAUAAGAAAAAAAGACGACGAGAUUUCCAAUUUGCAAAGUCAAAGUAAUCAAAUGAGUCAAAGUCAACGCUCGAUGAUUGGAGACAUGGAUAUGAGUUUGAUGGAUGAUUUUGUCGAGAUGGAGAAAUUAGCUAUCGUUACUUCGGACACAAGUAAUCUUGAUUCCGUAGGGAAAGAAAUCGUUUCUUGUGACGCAAGUAAUCUAGUCCACGUGGCAUCGGGUGAUUGGUUAACAAGCAUUGUAAACGCGAUUACGGAACAAACCCGUGUUUCGGAAAGAAGUUUCGAUCAAGUAUUGAAUGAGAUUAGAAAAUCUUUACAAUGUGAGGAUUCUGUUAGCGGUUACAUUACGUGGAAAUCUCCGGAACCGGAAAGAGGGAUUCCGGAGGUGGAAACGGAAUUGGAAAGCGUGAAAGAGUCCAAAGCAAUGAUUGAGGAGCAAUUGGAGAAUCAAAAGUUGGUCAACGAGGAUCUUGACCAUCAAAUUUCGGUUGCUAGAUAUGAAAUAAACGAAGCAAAUCAGAAGAUAUCGUCUCUUAAAGUGGAAUUGGAAGAUAGAUGUCAUUGUUGUGAAGAAUUAGAAGCAACAUGUCUCGAAUUACAACUACAGCUAGCAAGUUUGUCCGAUAAUGAUGCGGAAAAUGUAGAAGUCAAGCAAGAGGCGAAGCCACUCCAAACUGGUUUGGAGAUAACGGCUGCUUCUGCAAAACUAGCAGAGUGUCAAGAAACAAUAUUUAGCAUCGGCCGCCAGUUAAAAGCACUAGCACCGCCACCGCCACCGGUGGCGGCAGAGUUGACCGGUGGUCAGAAGUCAAGGCGGCAUUCAUGUUUACGUGACCAUAUGGAGGCGGCAGAAGGCGGUGGUGAGGAGGAUCCGGUGAGCUCUCCGAAGACGAAAGAGAUGGUGAGUGUGACAGAGAGAAAAGCGGGACCGGUUGUUCGUGUUGGAAGUUGCAAGACACGAGUUGUACCUGGUGCUUUGGCGAUUGUACCUAGUAAGAAGAGGGGUAAAGGAACUGAGAUAUUGAGGAAGCUUUUGUUUAGAAAGAAGAAGCCUGUAGCCUCCUUCCUUCGACGUCUCCUCCCUCCACCUCCGUCAACGUCUUCCUCCGCUGUGCCGUCGUCUUCCUCAUAUAAGGGUGAGAGAUUUCUUCUUCAACCCUCGAUUCCAUAUGACGAAAUUGAUGAUUGAGCCUACGAAAUUGAUGAUUAAUGAAGAUUGAGAUGUAUUUUCUUGUUGACGCAAUUGAUCAUCAUGAACUGAAAGUUUGCAUUUUCUUUCAUCGGUAGUGGACAAACACUUGGGAAUAUUGGUAAAACAGCAUAUUGAGACGAGAUUCAUCAAUAAGGUACAUAUGAGACUCAAUUGCUAUUGGAUGUAUUUUUCAGAUUUAUUAAGAGAUUUUCUGAAAAUCAAAACAGGGAGCAAGAGCUUGGAGCUGAAUAAUCCAUUAACACAGCCAGAUCAUGCAAAGGUUGCUGUCUAUGGAGAGCCUUGGAGCUGAAUGGUGGUUGUAUUGGAGGGUUAAGGUUCAAGGGUGGAAAAGAGAAGUCAAUUACAUCAUUUUGUAUCUGUGUUAUAUGUUUAUAUGCAUCUUUUUGAAGAAUGGUUGUAAAUUACAUCAUUUUGUAAAUUAUAUUAUUUUUAUCAUUUUAAAUGUUUUAAUAAAAAAUGUAGUG